AUGGUGCUGGCGAGCUACCCGCGAUCGGGAAACUCCCUGCUCCGGAAGCUUCUCGAAGAGAUCACCGGAACCAUCACGGGCAGUGACACGCGUCCAGACCGAACUUUAAGCAGGAGCCUUUCGGUCAUGGGCAUGCAGGGAGAAGGGGUGGUCGACCACCGCGUGCGAGUGGUCAAGACUCACUACCCGGAGAGGCCGGGUUUUAGAGCAUUCGAGGCCGACAAGGCCGUCCUUCUCGUCCGUAACCCGUUCGACGCCAUCGACUCGUACUUCAACAUGGCCCUCACCAACACGCACGACCGGAGCCUGCACGACGCGGUGUACGAGGAGUUCCAAGAGUUUUGGGACGGCAUGAUUCGGAACGAAAUGAAGGUGUGGGAGCGGUUUAACACGUACUGGCUGUCGAGGCGGGUGCCGGUGCACGUCGUACGCUACGAGGACCUGCUUUCGGACCCCGAGGCGACACUCUUAGGUCUCGUGGCCUUCAUUCACGAUAUGUCCGGGACAGAAGCAGCCGAGAGGUACGGCGACCGAAUACGCGGCGCUCCGGCCGUAGUGAAUGCGGGCCGCAGGCGAAGCAGCAAGAGCGGAGAGGAGCCACGUUGCACCGUUGCUGCUGCGUUAGAGGGGACGGGGGUUGUUCCCCCCCAGGGGGUCGGUCGCACAGGCGGUGGCGGUUGUGGGUCGAUGAACAACAACGACGACGACGACCCGAUCUCAGCGACGCCGAGGAUGGGCGACACAGCAACGUGCGACAAAGAUAGCACGCCGGAGGUGGAAGAGAGGAGCCGUGGUCGUGAAGCAGCAGCAGCCGCCAAUACCAGCGGCGGCGAGGCAGCGACCGGCGCUGCCGGCCGAAGCGGUCUGUACCGGCCGAGGACGUCGGGGAGGGGUGUUGGGGGUAGUCUCAGGAGGCGUUAUAGCCAAGAGCAGGUGGCGUGGUGUGUUUUAGAGACGGGCGCCUUCUUGCGUCAGUUCGGCUAUGACCCCGCUUCUCAGGGGUUUCCUCCCGCCGUGAGCUACCGUUCUCUACAGCUGGACCGUCUUCAAUGUCUGCAUGUUCGCGAUGGCUCCGACACAAGCCGCGGCAGCAGCAGUGCUGCCCUUCGCUCCACCUCCGGAAUCGUGAACGGCGUCGAUAGGAAUGGAGUAACGGAAUGUCCGCCGGGGGCGAACGAGGUGAUUUCGGCGGUUCGACCCGGAACAUCUACUUCCACCUUAACCGUCAACGCAAAGACACGAUCUUCCGCGGACGGGGCGGCGGCGGCGACGGUGAGGGACAAGAGCGACCGCUACUGCAGGGCGAUGACCCCGUUCCGAAGGUCCCACACACAGCGAGACACCCAGCCGCUUCCGCUGGAGGGAGAGGACGCCAAGGCCGAGGAGUGGCGCAGAAGACGGCGGGCGGAGAAAGAGGCCAAGCUCCGCGAUGCCAGUGGUUCGCUGGUACCGUAGAUGUGUUGGCAUGGGUUUGAUUCUUACCAUCGGCCGCGCUAACCAGCUUACUUACCAACGCAAAGAGGAGAGUCUCAGUGCGUUGUAGGACAGAAAAUGCUUCCAUAGGCUAUGAUCUGGGACCGCGUGAGCGGGCGUCAUGGGGGAGGCUACGUGUGCGUGUGUGCGUCUGAAUCAUAAUAUAGCAUCGACCGCGCCCACCUGUGGACCGAUGAAGCUCCAAGCCUUACGAAUAGGGGCGAGUAGAAGUAUACGCGAACACGUCAAGCAGUCAGCCCCGGGGCGUGUGUGCUUGUGUGGAUGUUCUUUGAUUGGAAAUCUACCUCGAUAUCCGGCCCCGACCAAGUGGAUAGCCGUCAGAACGCGAACACUCUUUAAUCUUAGCAGUGCGCGUGUACAUUUUUUUAUCCCAUUUGUUCUGGGAGUGAGUUUUCUCACCUUUCGGUUGUUUCAACUGGGGCCACACAGGAGGAAGGCCACACCUAAGCUUGUGUUUUUUUUUCCCUCGUUUCUUCCCCGGUGCUUGUAAAUUUUUGCGGCGCGGAGGCUGCGUCCCUAACUGUUUGCAUUAUGAGUU